UCGUUUAGAUACACACCUAAUGCUAUCAUACUUCAGGGCUCCAUUCUAUUAUCGUUUCUAUAUUCUUACUAUAUCAACAAUCUGCCAGCUUUACUAAGGUACACAUCAAUAUUAAACACUAUAACAAAGCUUUUACUUACAACGAUACCUAGCGUUAACUGCUUACUUCACAUGUAUAAUGUUGACCAGAUUGCUUAUAAACAAACGUUACAAAGACUUCUUUAUAAGUGUCAGCAGUAUAGCUUACAACUAGGUUAUUAA